AUGGAGAUCUGCCAUCGAACCUCAGGCGACAUUGAAGACCAGCUCAUCUUCUCCUUUGUCUCUCUGAUCUGUCGCCUGAGGUUCGAUGGCAGAUCUGAUGUUCUAGGCUUUUCCCCUCUCGCAAGGUCUCUAGAUUUGUUUUCAAGGACAUCGUCGUCGUUGACUGUGAAGAUGGCGUCAAUGGCGGCUGGUGAUGACUGA